AGACAUGUGUGAUGUUCUAAUACUUUAAAUAGCAGUAAUUAAAUUAGUGCAGAAUAUGCAAGUGAUUAGUAACGAUGAAAAACAUAGUUGUAAUGUAUUCAAUGGAAGCUUCGAAAUGCUCCACGGUGACUGACGUGGUAUGCCAAGAGUGGGUAUUUGACGAGUUGGUCACACCGUGGCCAGUUCCGCGUAAAUGGAUUGCAGGUGGUAAAGUGUCGACUAUUUCACAAAAAUUUAAAUAUUUUUUUCUACACUUUCGGUGAAAAGAUUAAUUAAUCUCUAUCAAAAUGGUGUUAUUAACAAUGAUUGCAAGGGUAGUAGAUGGUUUGCCAUUGGCAGCUACCAUGCAAGAAGAUGAACAGAGUGAAAGGAGUAUUUUAGAAUAUCAGAAUCAGGCAAAAUUGUUAUUUAGAAAAUUGGGGCCCCAAUCUCCAACUAGAUGUACUAUAGAAACAGGUCCAUAUUUAUUCCAUUAUUUAAUUGAACAUGAUGUAUGUUAUUUGGUAUUAUGUGAAAGAAACUAUAGUAAACGGAUUACAUAUAGUUAUCUUGAGGACAUAGCACAAGAAUUUCAUUCUUUAUAUGGCAAACGUGUUAAUACAGUUACUAGGCCCUAUAGCUUUAUUGAAUUUGAUACAUAUAUUCAGAAAGCCAAAAAAGUUUUUUUGGAUGGUAGAUCAAGAAGAAAUAUGAAUGCACUUAACAGUCAACUACAGGAUGUGCAAAGAAUCAUGGUUCAAAAUAUAGAUGAUGUUUUACAAAGGGGUACAGUUCUUUCAGAGUUGGAUACGAAGACACAAAAUUUGUCUAUGUUAUCACAAAAAUAUAAAAAGGAUGCAACUCAUUUAAAUAGAAAGUCUAUGUAUGUAAAGGUUGUGGCUGGACUUGUUGCGUUUUUGGUCUUUCUAUUAUAUUAUUUUAUUCUUUAGUUCUUUAAUUUAUUUGAUAAAUUGGUUAUUAUUGUGUAAAGACUUAAUAUUUUUCACCUAUAUAGUUUUUUCACAAUUAUUAAAUAUU